UUAAAUACAUUUUUAAAUUUAAUAAAAAAAUUUUAUUUUUGUGAAAAACAAUCAUAACUAUUCAAUUAAGAAAGGAUAAUGAAUUGGUUUAUUGUAUUGGGAUUUUUUGCAUUUGUUUUGAUGCCAUUAACUGGAAAUGGAAGAGCUGCCGGUAAUAAUUUACUUCUGGAUCCAGAUGCAGUAUGUAAUAAACCGCAUCGUGUACGAGGAAAAAUUGCAGAAAUUUGCAAACAUAAAACAACUUUAUUAAAAGAAAUAAAAAAAGGAAUUAGUUUAGGAUUUGGAGAAUGUGAAAUACAAUUCAAAUAUAAUCGAUGGAAUUGUUCAACUUUAUUAAGAAGUAUGAGAAAAAUAUUAAUGAAAGAAACAAAAGAAGCUGCUUUUGUUAAUGCUAUAACAUCAGCUGGUAUAACAUAUGCGGUAACAAAAGCAUGUACAACUGGUGCAUUAGUUGAAUGUUCUUGUGAUAAAAAUCAUUUGAGACGUAACAAAUAUAUUAUAACGGAACCAUUUGAUGAAAGAAAAAAUUCAAUAGAAGAAUAUAAAUAUGAAAAUCAAAGUACGAAACGUAUUAGACGUAGAAAAGUGAAUAAUCGAGAGAAAUUAAAUCAGAAUCGAAAACAGAGACGAGAAGAAAAAUUAUUAAAAUCUUUAAAAUUACCAGAUGGUGAUUGGGAAUGGGGUGGUUGUGGUGAUAAUGUACAAUUUGGUUUUAGAAAAUCAAGAGAUUUUCUUGAUUCCCGAUAUAGACGUAGAAGUGAUAUAACAACAUUAGUUAGACUUCAUAAUAAUAAUGCUGGACGUAUGGCUGUUCGAGAUAAUAUGCGUUUAGAUUGUAAAUGCCAUGGUUUAUCUGGAUCAUGUACAAUGAAAACAUGUUGGUUAAAAAUGCCAUCAUUUCAUGAAAUUGGUACAAUAUUAAAAGAACGUUAUAAUAAUGCAUUAAAAGUUAGUUCACAUAAUGAUGGUGAUAAAUUUAUGUUAGAGAAACCAAUUAUUGGACAAAAAAAUCGUAUAACAAAAUAUGAUAUAAUUUAUACAGAUAUAUCACCAGAUUUUUGUGAUUCAAAUUAUAAGACUGGAUCAUUGGGUACAUAUAAACGUGAAUGUAAUUUAACAUCAUCCGGUAAUGAUAAUUGUGAUACACUCUGUUGUAAUCGUGGUUAUAUUUAUCGAACAAAUAAUGAAAAUAUUAAUUGUAAUUGUGUAUUUAAAUGGUGUUGUGAUGUUAAAUGUGACAUAUGUCAACAUAAUAGAACAGUAACAAUAUGUAGAUAA